AGAACAGCCAAAACAAGCAGAUUUUAGAUAGAAAUGAAUAUGGGUGUCUUACAAUAUUAUUUCUCAAUGAAGGCUUUGCUUUGGGUUUUAGUGGUUUUUGUCCAAACUCGUGAGUACAUGGGUUGCUUGGAGGAAGAGAGAGCUGGUCUGCUUCACUUGAAGUCAUUUCUUAUCAUAUCCAUUCCGUCACUGGGAGCUUAUAAUUCAGCCUAUGAUUAUCUUCCUUCAUGGGUCGACCAUGAGAAGAAUGAUUGUUGUGAUUGGGAGCGGGUCACGUGCAACUCCACCACAGGUCAUCUGAUAGAACUGUCCCUCGACAAUUUAAUGCAGGAUCCUAAUUAUAACUAUGAUGAUGAUUAUUAUUAUUACAAAAUGGAGAAAUAUGAUGAAAAACGUUCAUGGUUGUUAAAUGUGUCUCUAUUAGAGCCUUUCAAGGAGUUAAGAAGCCUUGAUCUAUCCCUUAAUGCAAUCCAUGGUUGCAUACCAGAUGAAGGAUUUGAAAAGCUUUCAACCUUAAGGAAUCUGGAAAUUUUAAACCUUGGUCAGAACUCGUUUGAUGACAAUAGCAUUCUACAAUCUCUGGGUGCUAUCACUUCACUCAAGACUUUAAAUCUUACUGGGAAUUACUUGGAGGGAUACUUUCCAGCACAAGAAUUAGUUACGUUGAGAAAUUUGAACGCGCUGGAUAUCAGCUCCAAUGGCUAUAAUGGUAGCCUCCCAAAUCAAGGUUUCGAAAGGCUAGCGGUACUGAGAAACUUGGAGACAUUGAUCCUCGAUAGGAAUUUGUUUGGCUACAGCAUCAUACCAUCUCUAAGUAACCUUACAUCCCUUAUGACAUUAAGUCUUUCAGGGAAUUCGUUUUGGGCAGAUGGAGGAGUAAAUGUUGAAGGUGGUACUUUCGAAAGGCUCUCCGUAUUGAGAAAUCUGAAGACAUUGAAUCUUGAUGGGAAUGGCUUUAAUGACAGCAUCAUACCAUCUCUAAGUGGGCUUACAUCUCUUACGUCAUUGAGUCUUGCGUUUAAUAGAAUACAAGGAGGAGGUGAAGGUUGGAAAAUGUUAUCAAGAUUGGAAAACCUGGAGAUAUUAGAUCUUAGUUACAAUGGCCUCAACGACACUAGUUUUCUACAAUCAAUUGCUGCAGUCAAAUCUCUUAAAAGUCUCAAUCUUGCUAACAAUGAGUUGACGGGAUACUUUCCAACCAAAGAGGUAGCAAAUUUAACAAACUUGGAGGUUCUUAUCUUGCAAGGUAAUCAUUUUGGUGGACGACUAGCAAUCCAAGAAUUUUGUACAUUGAAGAAGCUUGAAGUGUUAGAUCUAUCUGACAAUUACUUUGAGGGGAUCCUACCUCCAUGCCUAAACAAUAUGACAUCUCUUGUGGUGUUAGAUAUUUCCGAUAACCAAUUCAAUGGAAAUGCUUCAUCAUCAUAUGUAGAAGCCAGCGGAACAAGUCUCGAGUACAUUGAUUUUAGUUAUAACCAGUUUGUGGGCAUAUUCUCAUUCAACUUAUUUGCCAAUUACUCUAAGCUUGAGGUUCUUAGAUUCAACAGCCAAAACAAUAAAGUUGAAAUAGAAACUGAAGGUUCCAUGGGUUGGUCCCCAUUGUUUCAGCUGAAGAUCAUUGAAUUGUCCAACUGUAAUCUGAACAAGCUCACCGACAGUAUUCCGAAAUUUCUUCUUGUCCAGCAUGAAUUGGAUGUAGUUGAUCUUUCUCAUAGUAAGUUGAACGGAAGCUUUCCGAAUUGGUUGGUUGAAAACAAUACAAGAUUACACGUGCUAGAUCUUCGAAAUAACUCUUUUAUGGGUCAGUUAUAUAUACCAUCAUUGAUCCACACGCAUAUUAACUGGAUGGAUGUCUCGACCAAUCACUUGGAAGGAAAACUUCAAGAAAACAUUGGCAUGACUUUUCCAAAUUUAGUAUAUCUAAAUCUUUCCAAUAAUAAUCUUGAAGGUAAUCUUCCUUCCUCAAUUAGUGGCAUGCUUUAUUUGGAGGUAUUAGAUUUGUCUUUCAAUCAUUUCUCAGGCGGGGUUCCAAGAGGAUUAAAUACAGAUUGCUUGUCAUUGGAAUUUUUAAACUUUGCUUAUAACAGCUUCAACGGUGCAAUUUUCAUUGGGACAAACAAGAGAUUUCUGCAAAUGAAUAAUAAUCAAUUCACAAGUAUCACAUUGGUUCCUAAUUCAACUGUUGGCAGCCUAUUCUAUUUAGAUAUCAGCAACAACAAAAUUUCAGGUACAAUCCCCCGAUGGCUUGGGAACACGUCAAACGUGAUGGCUCUUGUUAUGGCUAACAAUGAUUUUUAUGGUCGGAUCCCAUGUGAACUAAGUAUCACAGGUACUUUAGACCUUUCUCAUAACUUAUUUAAGGGAUCGUUAUCCUUUUGUUUGAAUCUACCAAAUCUGGAACACCUAUAUUUGCAAGGGAACAAAUUCACAGGAUCAAUACCGAAAGUUCUAUUCAAUUCCUCAUCUCUUUUGACUUUGGAUAUUAGAGAUAACAAAUUUACAGGCAGCAUCUCUAUUGAAAUCAAAGAACUUCAACGGUUACAAGUACUUUUGUUGAGUGGCAAUCAUUUCACUGGUAUAAUUCCGAAUCAGUUGUGUUUGUUAAAGAUGAUAAACAUAAUGGAUCUUUCCAAGAAUGCUUUUUUCGGGACCAUACCACAAUGCCUCUACAAGAUAUAUUUUGGGAAUCUCAGAGCAGCCAAUUUUAGCUAUUCUCGUGAAGAAUCUAGUUUAUUUGGAUCGAUAAUUUCGCUAACUUACACAUAUAAAGGUUUCUCAAGAAAGUUUCCUGACUCUAUCUAUGAUAGUGAAUAUUUUGAUGCAGAAGUACAGAUUGAGUUUGUAACUAAAUAUAGGCAUAAUUCUUAUAAGGGUUCUCCUCUCGGUUACAUGUCUGGAUUGGAUUUCUCAUGCAACAACCUAACAGGUGGCAUCCCACCUGCGUUAGGCCAAAUAUCUUCAUUGCGUGCACUAAACUUAUCUUAUAAUCACCUGACUGGUAAAAUUCCAACUACAUUCUCGGAAUUGGCUCUCUUGGAAAGUCUAGACCUCUCUCAUAAUAGUUUGAGUGGAGAAAUUCCUUCAGCAUUGAUUGAUCUAACCUUUCUUGAGGUAUUCAAUGUGGCCAACAACAACCUAUCAGGUAAAGUUCCAGAUAUGAAAGCACAAUUUGGAACAUUUGAGAAAAGUAGUUAUGAAGGAAACCUAUUUCUUUGCGGACCACCACUAGAUAAAAGUUGUGCCAAAGUAAAGGAGUCAGAUCCAACACCAACCCAAUCUUCAAAUGAAAGUGACGAAAAAUGGUAUGAAGUAGAUCCAUUGGUAUUCCAUACAAGCUUCUCAGUAUCUUAUAUCAUUUUCUUCUUUAGUGUUAUAAGUCUUCUUUAUAUUAACCCUUAUUGGCUACAAAGAUGCUCCAACUUAAUGGAAGAUCUUAUAUACUCCUGUUAUUAUUUUGCUUUUGAUACCUCAAAAAGGUUGUCAAAUUGUGUAUGUAAUUAAGAUAAAUUGAUUUUCUUUCGACAACGUUAAUGAUAGUAAUAAUGGUCAGUUAUCUAUGAAUUUGGUUUUGAAUAAUUAGUUAUUGGACAUAAAUAUGAAAGAGAUGUUCCCUUAAACUUAUUGUUCUAUUUGAUUAUGGAGAUGGUUUUCCAUAUUUGGGAAUUCUUCAUUCUAUGUAAAUCGGGAUUAAAUAAAUCAAGUAUAAAUUAAAAAAAAUUUGGAAGUUGUGCCGAAUAUAUGAGUCAUAUCCAACAACAACACAAUGUUCAAAUGAAAGUAGCACAAAAUUGUAUGAAAUAAAUCGAGGGUUUUCCUUACAUAGUUCUUGGUAUCUUAAGCCACGUUCUUUUUCGGUGUGAGUAGUCAUCUUUAUAUUAAUCCUUAUUGGGAAUAAAAUGCUCCAAUUUAAUUGAGGAUCUAGUUAUAUACUCAAGUUACUAUUAUAUUUUUUAUUUUCUUAAAAAGGUCUUCAAUAUGUCAUUAGAUGGAUUUUCCAUGCAUGGAAAUGCCACGAUAGUGAGACAGCUUCUUGUGUAUUCAUUUUAUUAUGAACAUUAUUUAUUGUGAUCAAAUAUGAAACUUGGUGUUCAGUUGCA